AUGAGCGACACGGACCCCGUCAUCGUCCCUGCCCUGGCUCCUUCCUCAGUCUUCGCUUUCAGGCCAGAGGCCGAAUCUUGGGACGCUUCUUUAGAGAGGUUCGAGGUCUUUCUCCAAGCUCAUGACCUCUCCGAGCUCCCUGAGGGGAGACGACGGGGCACCUUCUUGCACUACUGCGGGCCUGAAAUGUUCGCCACUGCCCGGGCUCUUUCGGCACCAACCCCGGUGCACACUAUGCCACUGGAUCUCCUCAUGGCUCGGCUCAAGUUACACUAUGAGCCGACGCCUUCCAAGUAUUCGCACCGGCAAUUUUUCCGGCGCUGUAUCCAAAGACAAUCCAUCAGCCAGUACGUGGCUGAACUGAGGGCUGCUGCAAUAAACUGUGAAUUCUCUGAUCUUGAGGACGCUCUCCUGGAACAGUUUAUUUAUGGGCUCCUUGAUAUCAACCUUCACCGGCAAAUUCUGUCCCGCACCGAGCUGUCGAUGAAGAUUGCGGUGGACGAAGCCUGGACUUACAAAAUGGCCAGCCAGUCCACCCUGGAUGUCCGCCGGUUCCCUCCAUCAGCGUUGCCGGCGCUGCCCAACUCGGCUGUGCAUAGCCAGAUGAUGGUGCUCGAUCCGUGUGCCGAUGCCACUGCUUCUGUCGACUGCCUCCGCUCCAUGCCCCCUUGGGAUGGCGGGUAUGAGCUACACGGCAUUGAAAACAUACCGGAUGGGCCAGGGUUAAUUAUUUAUUACCAUGGAGCAGUUCCUAUGGACUACUUGUGUUUUCUCGCUAAAAUUUUUAUUCUGAAGCGCAAGUGUUGUUACUCAAUAGCAGAUGAUUGUGUUUUCAUAUUUCCAGGUGUUCAAGCAUUAGCUGGUGUGACAGGUAUUAUUCAAAAUAAAAAGGAAGAGUGUUUAAAUGUUCUCAAGAAAGGCAAGCUACUUGGAAUUUCUCCAGGAGGAAUGAGAGAAGCACUCUUUAGUGAUAAAUCAUACAAGCUCAUAUGGCAUAAGCGUAAAGGUUUCGCUCAGUUAGCUGUAGAUAUGAAAGUGCCUAUUAUACCCAUGUGUACACAAAAUGUUCGCGAAGGAUAUUGGAUCUUUGGGCGAUCAAGAGCUUUAGCUAGGCGGCUAUAUGAAUAUAGUCGAAUUCCCUUCCUUCCAGUGUAUGGUGGAUUUCCAGUCAAAUUUCGUACUUACAUUGGAGAGCCCAUUCUGUAUAAUCCAAAUGUAACUUCUGAGGAAUUGGCUGAGAAGACCCAAAUUGCUCUCCAGUCAUUAAUUAGAAAGCACCAGCAAAUUCCUGGAAGCAUCUGUCGAGCUUUAUUGGAAAGAUUUCACAAAGAAAAGAAAAAGGAGUAAAUUGGUCAAAUGUUAUGAUUAGGCCAAGUGAGACAACACGCUGCUAAUUAUUAUGAGUUUGACAAUCAUACAGGAUAUCAAAAAUUUUAAUUUAUAUUAUUUUCUAAUUUAGUAUUGUACUUUUUUUCUAGCAAAGAAAGGAUAAAGUAUUAUGCGAUUUUUCAUUUGCAUGAAAAAAGCACUUCAUAAGGCUUUUAAAACAUGGUUUUAUUUCAAGGUUGAAAUGUUACUUAGAAACUGGUAUGCUUACGGGUAGGUAGGUCAUGAUUAGUGAAUGAUACAAUACUAGACUUAUUAUGAGUUGUAAUUUGAGAAGUUGUAUAUAAGUAGAUCCAAAAUUCCGUUAAGGUGAAGUUACACGUGUGCAAUUGGGGUGGAGAUUUUAGACACUCUUCAUCUUCAUAUGUGCAAAAUGGAUAAAAGGCAGAUUCUGUCAAAGAAAAACAGUGCGAGCGUAAUUAAAACAAAUAUUUUCCGUAAUUGAAUGAUAUGAACAUAAUCAUAGCAAUACUAAAUUAGGAUGAAUUUAGGGAAGAAUUAUUUUGUGUUUGCUUUUUAUAAAUGUGAUUUAUAUACUGGUAUAUGAAUUUCAAUGCAGCCAUUUUAUUGGAUUCAUUAAUCACACUAAUAAAUAUGUUUUAGACUGAUUUGGUUCCUUGGCUGCUAUUUAUAUUGUGCAUUUUACUACCGUAUUGUUUUUAAACAUUGUAAGCCAUCCAGAAUUACUAAUGUGAGAUAGGCAGUUGUAUAAAUCUUAAGAAAUAUAUUUUUUAAAAUAUUAAAAUCAUAUUGAACAAGAUGGCAUUUGUGUUGUGCUUCACUGCAAUAUGUAUUGGAGUGGUAAAUAAUUUCACUAUUGGGUUUUUGUGAAACAGGCAAUCUUUGUAGACUAUCUUGAAGCUGUAUUUCACCAGGCAUUUUUAACAAAGUAAAUUUUUAUGGGAUAUAUUUAGAAUGGAAGGAAAUUUUGUUUGUAUCAAAUGUGUUCAAACUGAUGGUCUGUCUGGAUAAGCAUGUAGGGCAGGCUGGUAGAAGACAUGGUCUGCAUGCAGCUCAUCAGCCAUAUUUUUAAUAAUAAAUUGAUAGUUCACCCUCACGAAGGAUCUGCAACCAUUGCCACAAAGACACAUUGCUCCAACACCUCCCGGCCUUACCAAUGCCACCAGCUCUGUUGCUGCUCCACCAGCCAUCAGACAAUUACAGGUAGUCCCUGACUUACAGCAGUUCACUUAGUGACCAUUCAAAUUUAACAAC